AUGGGAAUUGCCAUCCUGUCCGGAAUUCUCAACUCCCUCGUAGAACUGGAGGCCCCCAAGCCUCUCCAGACUCCAUCUGGCAACUCAACACCAGCGGAGCCGCUCCCCCAGCGCCUCCCAAGCCGCUUCAUCGCCUGUGUCCAGCGGCCCGAGACGGCCAAGAAGGUCAAGGCCGCCCUGUGGGAGCACACGUCCGCGGUGAAGGUGGUAUGGGGCCACAACGUGACCAGCGCGCAGCAGUCCGAGGUGGUCCUGCUGGCGUGCAAGCCGUCCAAGGUCAAGGAGAUCCUGACGGAGCCGGGCAUGGCCAAGGCGCUGCACGGCAAGCUGCUCAUCAGUAUCUGCGCCGGCGUGACCGUCGAGCAGAUCGAGCGCCACCUGCACGGCGCGGUCCCCGAGCGCGGCCCGGACGAGGACGGCCGCUGCCGCAUCGUGCGCGCCCUGCCCAACACCGCCAGCCUCAUCCGCGAGUCCAUGACCGUCAUCGCCAACGACGACGACGCCCCCAUCCCGCCCGCCACCAUGCAGCUCGUCACCUGGAUCUUCCGCCGAAUCGGCGAGGUCGUCUACCUCCCCUCCGCCAACAUGGACGCCUCCACCGCGCUGUGCGGCUCCGGCCCCGCGUUCUUCGCCCUGAUGCUGGAGGCGGCCAUCGACGGCGCGGUGGCUAUGGGUCUGCCGAGGGCGGACGCGCAGCGGAUGGCCGCGCAGUCAAUGAAGGGCGCUGCAGGGUUGGUGCUGAACGGCGAGCACCCUGCCUUGCUGCGGGACAAGGUCGGCACGCCGGGUGGUUGUUCUAUCGGCGGACUGUUGGUACUGGAGGAAGGCGGCGUCCGCGGCACAGUCUCGAGAGCUGUGAGGGAGGCUGCGACUGUUGCGAGCAGGCUGGGUCACGGGGCGCAGGGUGUAAAUGGAACGAGGUUGAAUGGGUACGAGCAUUGA